AUGAGCUGUCAAGUCGACGUUGAAUUCCAGGUCAAGAAAGUGCUGCCCAUCCAGGAGAAGAGGGAUGAGGCCGUGAUGCCCGUCCUUUGCGGAGCUUCCCUUGUCGUUUGCCUCGUCGGCGAGACGGGCAGCGGCAAGUCCACUCAGGUGCCUCAGAUGAUCCUCGAAGAGGCAAGACAGCGAGGGAGUUUCGCUCGCAUCGCUGUGACGCAGCCACGGCGUGUGGCCGCGCUGAACUUGGCGCACCGGGUGGCUUCAGAGCUAGGCGAGCAGCUCGGCGACUCGGUGGGCUACAGAAUCGGCGGUGACAGCAGCCGCGGAAAGUACAUCGACUUCUGUACCGUCGGGUACAUAUUGCAGCUUUUCCUCAAUGCGCCGGAGGAGUUCGGAGAAUACACCCACAUCGUCCUCGAUGAGGUGCACGAGCGAAGCGCAGAGAGCGACAUGCUGUGCCUCGUGGUUCGCCUUCUAGCGAAGCAUCGUUUCGAGGGCACGCGGCUCGUCAUCAUGUCUGCGACGCUCCAAUCGGACCUUUUCGCGCACUACUUUGGUGACAUUUGCAAGUACCCCGUGGGCCGCGUUCAUGUUGGCAGCCGGUGCUUUCCAGUAAGAGAACAUUACCUGGACGAGCUGUCCCGGUCAUUGGGAAAGCGGCUGCGGUGUGAGGGCAUCAUCAACAGUCGGACAAAGGACAUGUUCGGUGAUGGCAGGGAGAAGAAGGCGAAACGGAUUGACCAGAGACAUUGUGACAAGCUGCAUCCGAUCAUCCUGGAGCUCCUGGAGGUGAUUGCGAAGCCGGCCAGUACCAUUCUGGUGUUCCUGCCGGGCAUCGCCGAGAUCUCCUCGUUGUGGCAGGAAGCAAAGUUCCUGGAAGAGUCCUCCGCCUUCAAGAUCUUCCCGCUGCACUCCAUGGUGCCCCGAGAAGAACAGGAGCUCGUGUUCGAGGAGCCAGACCCCGACGUGACCCACGCGGGAUCCUCAGUGUGCUUGUUCCCCUUCGUCUUCCCCUUCGCACAGCUGCUUCUUUGGGUUUGGGCGGGUGCCUCGGAUUUCAGCUACUCGUAUCAGCUAUCCCCGGAUCCGACUCUUAGCAGUCUUAGCAUCUCCGAGGUGGUUCUGGCCACGGACAUCGCAGAGUCGUCCAUCACCUUGCCCCACGCUUGGGGCUUCGCUGUGCCCCCCAAAAGCAUACUGAAGCAGCUUGCCCCUCUGCGGGACCCGACGGCUGACCAGUAUUCCGGGGAGUGGGUGGACGAUCUCGGCGAGAUGGAGGCGAUUCGCGAAGGGCUCCAAGCUGACCACAGGAUGGCGCUGGACGAGGGCGCCUCUGCUGGCCACCGGCCGCUCUUCUUGAUGUCCGUUCUGCAGCAUUUUCGGGACGUCCAGCUUGGCCCAAAGCCCGCGUAUCCUCGCAUCAACGGCACUUACGUGGACUGCACCUUCGGCCGUGGAGGCCAUUCCAGGGCCUUGCUGCGGGACUUGACGGAGUCCUCCACGCUCUAUGCGCUGGACGUGGACCGCCAGGCCAUCAACGUUGCCAAGCGCCUGGCACGCAGAGACCCGCGCCUGAAAGUGCAGAAAGCCUCCUUCGCGCAGCUUCGUGCCGUGCUGGGCGAUGUGCGUGUGCAAGGCGUCCUCAUCAAUGGUGGCUUCACCACUGACUCGAAGCUGGAUGCUACGCGGGGAAUCAAGCGAGGGCCUCUGGAUCUUCGCUAUGACCGCGAGGCCGGCGUGCCGUGCUCUGAGUGGCUGAACACCGUAAGCGUCGAAGAGCUCUCUCUGUUGCUGCGGGAGAACAUCCGGUUUUCGGAUGUGAUGUGCGACCGCAUCGCCUUUGAGCUGCUCUCCGAGCAUCGCCGUGUCGGCGGCCUUACCACCAUCAAUCAGGUCCUGGCCCUCACGCAGCGGCUGCUGCCACCGAAGGAUGCUCGCGACCGCGAUGCCGGAUCCAUCUCCUUGGUGCUGGCCGGCCUCAGGCGCAUCAUCAACAACGAGACAGAGGACACGGCGCAGGCUUUGCGAGCCGCUCUGGACUCUCUGGUUAUCGGCGGCCGCUGUUUGGUCAUCUGUCAAGGUCUGUAUGAUCGGAACGUCGUCAAUCGUGUCUUAUACGAGUAUGACGAACCUCCGGACAACACCGCGGUUGAUGCAGAUGACGAGAUGCUGUCCAAACUUUAUCCUUUGGCAGGCACGCGGUUUCCGUAUUCUGCAAAAAUGAUCUGCCGACCCUUGGCCCUGACACAACGGGAGCAGAGCCGUGGUUGA